UAUAUACUUUCCAAUGCAUCUUCACAUAGUUUUCAGCCCAAAUUAUUCUGCAUAAAUGUAGUUUCUGUGGGUUGACAUUUUCCGGAAAUGUUUAUAUGGCGGCGCGAAUGAAUGUUAAUCACGUGACCAUUCAGCUAUUGUAAGCGCAAUAUCCAGAUUGUUUGUAUAUAGAGUAUUGUACAUACCUGUAUAGAAUGAAGAACACAAAUGGCUCCAGCCGGGGCAAAGCAGUAAAAGAAAAGGGUAAUAAGACAGCCAAUUCAAACCAUUCAAACACAGUGAAAUCAGAAGGACCGCCAGUCAAGCAAAUUCAGCCCACGGCAGAACAGCUGGCCUUCAACUCUCUUAUACAAGGGAAAGAUAAUGAUGACCAAGAACAGAGACAGAAAAUUAAACAGAUCAUUGAGUUGACAGGCUGUUCUCAGGAAAGAGCAGAAAUUGCUCUUUUUGACAGCAAGAAUGACCUUGAUGGUGCGGUGGGCAGCAUAUUUGAGGGGGCAGCAGAUGAGAGUGAGUGGCAUGAAAAUGUUAAGAAGAAGAAGAAACAGAAAUCAGAGGCAGCGGCUCCAUCUCUAGAGGACAGCAUGGACCUCAAACUUGACAAGGAGGGCAAGGAACGCAUUGACCGGGAAAACAAAGAGCGCAAUAGAGAAGAGAAAGAAAAUGACCGUCCAUACAGAGAACAAUCUGAUCAACGUCGGCCUAGGCGCAACGACAAUCGACCGCCCAGACUAUCUCGCGGCAGAGGUCGUCCGGACUGGGGCGGGGAUAGGACAGAGCGGGAUGAUGAUUCAGAACGGGAUGAACACCGCGAGCGUUCCUUUUCAGAACGGGGUCGUGGUAGGGGUCGCGGCGGCUUUGCCUCAAGGAGGGGCGGACGAGGGGGAGGAAACUUCCAAUCUACGCGGGGAGGGUUUGGUAAACCAUCCCAUUUUGACAAUGGGCCACAGAUUGACACAUGGACUAACGAGACUGCUGUGAUAGGUGAAAAGGAACCAAAAAUUUCCAACUGGGGUGACUCAAAAGAUGAAUGGAAUGAGGACAUUGACAGCUGGUCUGGCAGUCUGGCAGAGAGCAAGGUGUUUACUGCUAGUACCAAUGCUGCACCAGAAUCACAAAAUGCAGUUCACAUGGACACUAAUGCAUAUGACAUGGGACCAUUGUACCCAAAGCACUCGCAGGCUGACAUGGACGAACAUGCAUACAUUACACAGUUUAACCAGCAGGCUACAGAAUCCAUCAAGAAUUCCAUUGGGAUUGGUUCUGGCUCAAGCUCCUCACUACAGAACUCUAUGACAUCUAAUGUCAGUGCUCUAGUCUCCUUACAACAGACCGCUCUCCAUGAAAACUUGGGCUCCAGUCUGUCAUCAGAACUAGCGGGGAACGGCUUGACGAGCUCUGGUCUUGGUAGAAACAGUCUGGGAAACUCAUUGUCCAACAGUCUACCUGUAAACAGUUUGACUGGCAACUCCUUACACAGUGGGGAUUUAACAGGGGGCAGCAGUCAUUCAGGAACCAGUAUCUCAGUGAGCGCAUUAACCAGUCUUGCUGGCUCUCAAGGCAUGUCCUCAUCUAGCGCUGCCUCACAGUCUGCCAUGAUGCAACAACGAGCCAAGCCACAAAGAUCAAAACUGCCUCCACCAUCAAAGAUCCCAGCUUCAGCUGUAGAAAUGCCAGACCACAUGGUAACCAACCUCGAUGUACAGUUCGGGAACCUUGAAUUUGGCUUUUCUUUUGGAGGAAAUGAAUCUUCACCAAGUUCUUUCACAUCUUCAGAAACAAAAAGUACACAGUCGCUAAGCAACCAUGUUGGAGGCAAGCCAAGCGAGGCGCGGAUGGCCUCCAGCCUGGAGACCUCUCCCAGGAACAGCACCCUGUACCAGCAGUCUCCGUACACCACACCCACCAAGAAGAGUGCCGCUGAGAGUCCCAGUAAAAUCAAUUCGCCACCAGACCCACUACAGAUGCCUGGAAGCACUGAUCUGAAAUCCAACCAACAUCUUCAGGGACAAGCCACACAAGUGUCCUCAAGCAAUAUUGACGCGUAUUCGUACGGGAGUCAGAAGACCAGUGGUGGUUACCAGCCCGCCAGCAAGCCCGGUGCCUACCCGGGGAGCCAGUACCAGGGCUCCAACCCACCCAGCCAGUCCCCAUCCAACCAGUUCUCUAGUCAGUACCGCCAGAUGAAUCAGAACCAAUUCCCUGCAGGGACUCAGUUCUCUACGACAUCCCAGUACCAGGCUCCCGCUAGUGCGUACCAAGCCAGUCAGUCUGGCUUCCAGGGAUCACAGUCUAACUACCAUUCAAAUCAGUCCUCGCAGUUUGCGACACCUCAAAGUCAGUUCCAGAACUUCCAGUCGAGUUCUACAUUCCCUAACCAGUCCACUUAUUCUUCAAACCAAUCAAGCCAGAAUCCCUUGUAUCCAUCAUCAACAACAUCAUCGUACACCAAUCCAUCUCAACAAAAUUCGCUCUAUUCUCAAAGCUCACGGCAGGGCACAUACUCAAAUCAGUCCUACUUGAAUGAUCACGCUGCAAGUGCAGGAUCUACAUUUCAAGCGUCAGUGACGCAGUCUAGUUCGCCAUUUAAAGACAACCAGACCGGUGCAAGCUCAUAUAGAGACAAUAUGGCCUCUAGUAAAACUAGGGACACGUCAGCUGAUAAUACUUCAUACACGAGAGAUACAAAUUCAGCCUCUAGCUUUAGUAGUGAUAGCCAGUCAUUGGCAUAUACAAGAGACAGUCAGUCAGUAGGCAGUUCAUAUUCACGGGACUCUGGAAGUGCCUACAAUCGCGAAUCCAAGUCUGCAAGUGGGUCAUACCCCAGAGACAGCUCGACUAGUGACGCAGGCUCGUUUAGUCGAGAUUCUCAAUCAUCCGGUUCCUCGUUCACAGGGAGAGACUCUCAAAGCUCCACCACUGGUUACCGUGACAACCAGUCUGGGGCGCCAGGGUUUGGGGGUCAGGCAGGGUCGUAUCCCCGGGAAACCGGAGCCUCUCAGUCUCAGUCCGGAUUUAGUGCAAAAUCAUAUAGGAACACGUCUGAAGUGGCCACUACUCUUAGUAAUUCAUUGACUGGAAACAAAUUGGUGGAAGGUUUUUCCAGUAUGGCUGUUAAUGAUGGCAGCUUGGACUCACGGCAAUCUACUUCCUCACAGUUUGAUGUGAAUGUGAGCAGUGCUAAGUUGGAUGCCAGCAGUACAGUACGGACCUCCAGCACCACACCCUCCUCUUCUGUUCCUAGUACCACUGUGACCAGCAGCAACACCACAAAAAUCUCUACAUUGCAUAGUGCUUCAACAACCACAUCAACGAAAGCGCCCCUGAACUUGCCCCCUGGAGUGCCCAUCAUGGCCGCUGCUCAGCAGUACAUCCUCAGUCAGGCCGGACAGAUGCCAUACUUUAAUAUCGCAGGCAUGCAAGGUCUACAGGGUCUGCAACCAGGGAUGUACAACCUGGAAGACUUCCAGUACCUGCAACAGCGCAUUCCACCCAUGAACAGUAACCUGUAUGAUCUGACCAAUGCUGCUGCAGCUGGCAUUCAGAUCCCCCCAACAACGUUGACGGCCAACAGCACACAGCAGUCUCUUCCCACAGUACCUACAGUUCCAUACACAGGUUCAGCGGACAGUGGCAAGGUACCGAGAGUAGAUGCACAGUCUCCAACAGGAACCAUGGCGUCCACGCCCUCUGCAGGCCAAGCACAGGGCAGCCAUCAACAACAACAACCACCAUUCAUCCUCAACUACAGCCACUACUACUACCCACCCAACAUGAUACCCGGCAGUCCUGGCUUCCAGUUCCCCAUCCUUCAGAUGCCACAGGUGACCAAUUCCGGCACCCCUGCCAACUCACAGUACCAGCAGAAGAGCUAUGGAUCACACCUGCAGUAUGGAGCUAACAAAGGUUAUGAGGAUCUCUCUGGACCCAGUGCGGCCGACUUCAAAAGUCCCUAUGGCAGCAACCAGGCCCAACCAAAACCCACUGCCAACUCUUCUGUGAGCGGUUCAGUGUCGUCAGACAUCCCACUGGCGGGUGGCUAUGCCCAGAAGAACCACACUCAGGCUUUUGACAAGCAGGCAUUCCACACUGGAACCCCGCCUCCCUUCAACCUGCCUAUGGGGGGCCAGCUGGCCACAGGGAACCAGACGGGACCUUUGGGUGCCCACACUGGCCCCUAUGGGACUCCCUUUGUGCCCAUGAUGGCCCAUCAGCCCCACUCACAGAUGAUGCAUCAUCCAAUCCAGGACACGUCAUCCUCCAGCCGAGGUGGCCAGGCCGGGUCUCAGUCCAAGAGCUCCAACAAGGGCUACAGUGGAUCCAACUGGGGUACCUACUAAACACUGCACCCUCCCAACCUGGCAUACAACACAACCUACCCUAGGGCUGGCGUGGUUGUGCACUAUGGCAGAAUGAAAGGGAAUUCAUGCUGAAUUAAUUCCUUGCCUAGUGCUUCUGAUUUCGAUGUCUGAUAACAAAAAUUUCAUGAAUUUGGCAGUGUUGUGUUUGCUGUUUUUGAUAGAUUUUUCACCAGAUUCAUUUGAAACUCUCACAUUAAGUAUGAAAUGUUUUAUGAAAUCCUUACUUUAUUUAACUUUUGCAACAUAGAGAUAUCAUUUUGUUGUUAGAUAUAGAUUAUUUAUAAAUGAAUAAUGCCAGCUCACAUAUUAAACUUUUGAGAUCUUCUUCAUACAAAAAUGGCUGCUGGUCCAUUUGAGAAUAUGUUUUGUCUGUACAAAUGGUUAUUGUGGCUUGUCAUUGUGCAUCGGUUAGGUUAGUGUUGUCUUAUUUUAUCCUGUAAAUUGUGUUCUAGAUGUGACUGUUUUCCUUGGCUCUCCAAUACAUUGUUUGGCUAAAAUUGUGCUGUCUUGAUGUAAUAUUGCGCUUACAAUAAUUGUCUAAUGGUUUGAAAUGUAGUUUUUGUAAGUUAGAUUAAUAUACUGCGUACUAGACUUCAUCAUGUAAUUGGCUCAUUUACGAGCUUAGGCAAAGACGUUUAGAAAAUGCUGUGGUAAUUGUAAUAGGGUCAGUUCCCCGGUUUAGUUGUAACAUAUUGCUACAACACAAAUAUUUGUUUCACCUCUCAAUUGAUGAGGUUCUAUUAAAAUUAAUUCGUUAGUUUGCUCUUAUUAAGGAAUGCUUAAACAUCUGUUCAAUUAUGUUUAUGCAUUUUCUUUUACAUAAGAAAUCACAGCAUUUUCUUAAUGACAUUGCCCAUGUUUUUGGAUUUCUUGUAAGUAUUUUAUAUUUUUCUCGGAACACUAGUAUUAUAUUACUUCAUGUACAUAUUUCAUUGUAUAGUCAUAGAAGAUAAUCUAUAUAUAUUUGAUCAGACGCGUUGUUGUUACUCUUCUUUAAGUUCUUAGUACUAAGGUGUGCUAAUGUAAGGUGUUCUAAUUACUUUUUUAGUUUGUUUCGUAAUGUUACAGAGGACCAAUAAAAGCUUGAAUGCAAACUUUCAAAUAAAACUAGCUAAAUUACCUGUGUUUUUAUAUUUUCUUUGCUCCAGCUGAACAAAACUCUUCUUUAUUAUAAAUAGAAAUUAAAACGCAACAAGUGUAGAUAAUGAAUAGACUCGAAGCUGUACAUUUGUUUUCGUAAACAUUUCUCAAUAAACCGAACAUAUACGUAUAGAAUGGAUCUGGAAGAAGUAACAUACUUUUUGGUGCAGUCACUUAUAUUUCAUACUUAAUUUUAACAUUAACAUUAUAUUGUGCUGUUUGUGUUAUCUGUUAAACUGUUCUAUAAUAAAUAUCAAAAUACUUAAAAAGUCUAACUCUUCAAAGUGUCAAUACAUGUCUGUAUUUUAAUAAUGCUUCCUCUAUUUUUCAUACAUCUGUGUUAUUGCAUGUGCUGUAUCUACACCAAUGCUUACAAAAUUAUUACUUUGAUGAAUGUCCUGUACAGUAUAGUUGUUGAGAAUGAGUUUUCUUUUGCUUUUUAAAUAUGGAGAAAUUUUGUAAAACUUAUUAAAAAUAAUUGAUCAUUGUGUAUGUAAUAAAUUUCUUAUGUGCUGCAA